GAAGAGAGAGAAGAAGGCGUUUGCAAUAUUGAGUAGAGAGAGACGAUAGAGAAGUUGAGUUUGGAGGUGCAGGAGAGACAGAGAGAGAGAGAGAUCGUAGCGCAUCGCAACGACUCAGUCAAACACUCUGUAACACUUUAUUUCAAUUCUUACUUUCUCCGAUCGCAUCGCUCGCCACCGCCAUGCCUUCCCGAAGAAGAACUCUCCUGAAGGUCAUCAUUCUCGGUGACAGUGGGGUGGGGAAGACGUCUUUGAUGAACCAAUAUGUGAAUAAGAAGUUUAGUAAUCAGUACAAGGCAACCAUUGGAGCGGAUUUUUUGACAAAAGAAGUGCAAUUCGAAGAUAGGCUUUUCACCUUACAGAUUUGGGAUACAGCUGGCCAAGAAAGAUUCCAAAGCCUUGGAGUUGCUUUCUAUCGAGGUGCUGAUUGUUGUGUUCUUGUAUAUGAUGUUAAUUCAAUGAAAUCAUUUGACAACCUUAACAACUGGAGGGAGGAAUUUCUGAUUCAAGCAAGUCCUUCCGAUCCCGAGAAUUUUCCUUUUGUUGUCAUAGGAAACAAAAUAGAUAUUGAUGGUGGGAACAGCAGAGUGGUGUCAGAAAAGAAGGCUCGGGCUUGGUGUGCAUCAAAAGGAAAUAUUCCAUAUUUUGAGACAUCUGCCAAAGAAGGCAUUAAUGUUGAAGAAGCAUUCCAAUGCAUAGCAAAGAAUGCCCUGAAAAGUGGAGAAGAAGAAGAAUUAUACCUGCCAGACACAAUUGAUGUUGGAAACAGCAGUCAGCCACGGGCAACAGGGUGCGAGUGCUGAAUAUAUAGGUUUUCUUUUCAAAACAAAUAAAGUACAUUACUUCAAAAUGAUUUCACUGUGUUUAGUCAUUGCUGUCUAUGAAGAGGCGUCAUUGUACAUUAGUGUUUGCUCAAGAAACAAAUUUAUCCAAUGCUAUAUUUGGUACUUGUUUGGUAUGUUAUAUAAUUGAUCAUAUUAGUUCUACAUGUAUGCUAUUCCGAUAUUGUAAAAGAAAACUGCUUAAGAUCUUUUUGAAGUUAUGUAUUGCAUUCCUCAUUGUUCGUACUCAA